AUGGCAGUCCGGCGGCAGCUUCGGCUCCUCUUUCAGGAGCCCCAAGUGAGCGGGGCGAUCAUGGUGGAGCGCUUGGCACCCCGGACCGCGAAGGACCACAACGCGCAGCAAAGCGCCAAAGCACCGGGGAAGCCGGCGGAGCGCGUCCCUGGCGCUCGAGGGCUCAGGCUGGAGGACUGUGCCCUCUAUCAGUGCCGGCGCUGCCGUGCCGUCUUGGGCGACUCUCUCCAUCUGUGCGCCCAAGAGGACAAGUUCCGCCUCCUCGUUUGUUUCAAGGUCACAAACGAUGUUGUUGUGGAAGAUAACUUGAUGGUCUGUGUUGAGGGAGACCUCAUUGGAUGCACUUACAACAGGUUGAACUGUCGGUUCUGUAAAACAGCUAUUGGCUUCAGACCCUAUUCUUCCAGACCUCUGGCCUACCUGCGGGGCCUCUUCUGUCUCUUUAAGGACAACAUCACGUGUUACUCGUUAAAAUCUAAAACCACAGUUGAAGCCUCACAGAUGACCUUUCCUCAAGUGAGCCUAAAGGAACAUGUGCAUAAAUUAAAAGAAAGCCUUGUAUUAAUGCACAUGCGUAUAGAACUGCUGAUUAAGAAGCUAGAACAAUUAAAUAAGCAGAGGACUGUGGCUGAGAAGCAAACCUACAAAGGAACACCACAUGGUCAAGCAUCUGGAUCUACAAGGAAGAAGUUGAACAAUUAAUCGGGAAGUUUUCUACAGUUGUAUAUGUUGGCUGUGAAGAACAUGCGAGUUUCAAAAAGUCUUCAUGCAACUGCUCUCAUUGUAUUUGAAAAUGGUAGCUAGAAUGUGUCUUGGGCUAGCAAGUAAUUAUUUUUCGUAGGCUCAAGUUAAUUCACUCAAAUAUAAAAA